AUGGCCAAUGCCUAUUAUUGUUGGGAACUUGACAGGCAGUUUCUUAGUGACUGGGGAAGAAGCUCUGUAGUUUGUUUGUUGAAGCUAUCUACUAGCAGUGAGAUAUACAACUAUCGAGCUAUUGCUAGUGUAUAUGCUACCCUUAAUUCGGUACCAGUCCUUAAUGGUAAUAACUUUAAGGACUUGAAGGUAAACAUUUUUAUUAUUCUUGGCUCCAAGGAUCUUGAACUUGCCUUAAGGAUGGAUCGACUUGCCUCUGUUACGAAAAUCAGUACCUCUAAGCAAAGGAGGAUUUAUGAGAAGUGGGACCGCUCAAACCACACGAGUCUUAUGAUCAUCAAGCACGACAUACUUGAGGCUUUUCGGGGUGUAGUGUUCGAAGAGGUUACCGAUGCCAUAAUUUUUCUUGGUAAAAUUGAGAAACGCUUUGCAAAAAGCAAGAAGGUGGAAACAAGUACUCUUUUAAAGAAACUUAUUUCCAUGAGCUUCAAGGGCAAGGAAAACAUAAAGGAGUACCUUAUGGAAAUGUUUUGUCUUGUUUCAAAGUUAAAGAUACUAAAGCUUGAGCUUUCAGAUGACUUGCUUGUGCAUUUAGUGCAUACGUCUCUUUCUCCAUAA